GAUAUAUCCACCUGCAGUUCGAACUCUCUCCACCGGGUGGUGAUAACGAACACAUUUGCCAUCUGUCAAAUAAAGAGGAAGACGCUACGCUGCUGUGUUGUAUGCGUAUUCGCAUAAGAAGAGCAGCUAAAACCCCGGGCACAGGUAUUUUGAUGUGAGGAUUACAGAACUGCAUCAGUGUAAGCGAAGGGAUAAGAAAAGACUCGAAUGAUAACACACAGGGAGACAUGAUGGACGCUGAGGUGUCUGUGCUGCUGCACUGUGCAGCCUGGAGGGGGCUGCUGGAGUCUCAAGUGCAAGUGGAGCUCUCUGAAAGAUUUAACAGGCAGACAGAUCCGACUCUGGCGCGUCAGAUAGAGGAGGUGUGGACCGAGCGGGUGUCCAAAGAGCCGUGGCUUUUCAACGGUUCCAAAUUCAGGCUGCACUCUUUCCACUUGGCCUCUCCUGCAAGUGUCUCAUCAUCCUCCGUUACUCCUAAACCCCCACCCUGCACUCAUUCACCCCACGUCCCCAUCUUAGACCAUGCAGAGGAUCAGGAAGGGGAAUUAAACAGCAGGAAAAGUACAGAAGAGAAUUCAUGUACCAGCGAUUCUCUGCAUGACACUGCUCAGAACAAUUUGGACAGAGGAAACACACAUGUGAAUCAGGCAGAAAAUACAGAAAACACAGAUGAUCAAGAGACUGGGCCGCUCCUCACUCUGAGACUAGGCCUGACAUGCUACAAGGACUACCUGGGAACAAACUGGUCGUGUCGAGCGGCAGAGCUCCGUCAGCUGGGAGAGGUGGAGUUCGGCGAUGCUCUGGCGCUGCUGGCUCAGCCUCUGGGUGUGGGCGCCGUCUUGUGUACAGAUGACGGUCAGGUGGUGUUGAUUCGGAGGAGCCAGAGGGUGGCAGAGGCAGGGGGGCUCCUGGACAUCCCGGGCGGUCACCCAGAACCCAAGGUGGUGUGUGAGCGUCUGGGCCAGGCGGUGUGUGAGGAGCAGAUCAGCGUGGACAUGAUGCAGCAGAGGCUCGUCGUCUCGGAGCUGUUCUCAUCUGUGUGCGCUGAGAUCAGAGACGAGGUGAAUGUUCCUCUGAGCUCCCUGGGAGAGCCUGUCCUGAUGGGCGUCGCUCUGAAUCACACCAGCGCUGGUAGACCGAGCGCUGAGUUCUACGUCAGUUGCUCACUGACAGCUGAUGAAGUCAGAAAGUUGUACUGGAAAGGAGGAGCAGAGGCCCACGAGUCUACAGAUAUUGUCUUCCUCAGCAAAACAGAGGUGUUGCAGCUGGACAGAAGCCGCCCUCUGUGGUCAGAGCUGUGUCCUUCAGCUAAAGGAGCCGUGCUGCUCUAUCAGACAGUGAAGCCUGACGGAGAGCGAGGCCAGAGCAGGCGACAGGAAACUCAGCUGAUUGCAUCAGAGGAUGCAUCCAGAUGAUCAAAUGUACACACAAAGAGAAACAUUUCAAAAGUUCAGCAAUUUAUUACUCUUUGACUUAAAGUCCUCUCUGACCAAUACUGGUAUUACCAUUGUGCAAAAUACUGUAGAUUUUUUUUAUUGUUUGUACCUCGUACAGUAAAACACAAUACAUUUUAAAAAAUAUCUUGAAUAAAACGCUAAAAAGUGACCUGGUUUUCAUUAAAAUGAUUAAAUACUACAAAACAAAGUCUGAUUGGCCAAAGCAGCAAGUGCAGCACAUACUGUAGUCUGUAGUUCUGUGUAAUAUGACUUCCUGAUGUAGUUAGCUCUCUUCUUCAACAUUAAAUGACAUCAGUAAAAUUAUUGUUCCUGUAAACACAUAUAGUGCAGCGACAUCUGUUUCUUCUUGCUCCAGGUUUCUUCACCAGUAACCUUCAUAACCGCGGCCACCAAAGUCUCUGUAGUCGCAGCAGCCCUGGCCCUGAUAAGCCAUGUUCCACUGAAAUGUAAAAAAUCGAAUUUAAUUUGGAUGUUGCAGUGUUAUUUAGCAUCUGACUAAACAUCUGUGCAUAACAACCUGCCCUUACACUGAACUCUAUGACCUUAUGCCUCCUUUUACCAUGUCCACAGCUGGUAUAAAUUCAAUCUCAGAUUCGACGUCUAGUGGCAUUGAGGUGAUUUCUACUAAACACAGGAUGUAGCAAUGAGGUGCAGCAGGUUUAAACCAGCUAAGCUAAUGACAAAUCAACAGCACCAAAUGAUGUCAUCAUGAGAUUUGUGUUAUGGUUUGAUUUCACAACACUUACAUAUCUUGGCUGCUGCUUCCAU